AUGCUUUUCAAGGAAUUAAAAGAGCGACAUGUGAUGCGUUCGGCCUACGAAAGCGCUUUGAAAGAGACGAAAGCCGCAUUAAAUGCGCGACGUAGUAAAGCAGAAGUUGAUUUUUCACGUGAUCAGAAAAUAACACUGGAAAAUGAAAUUCGUCGGCUGAGACGGUCACGCAUGAUCGCAUUGCAUAACCUCGUCGAGAAACUCGCAGCCGAUGAGUUGACACUGAAAGCUCGACAAUUGGAAACAAGUCAUGCGCUUUUGAGGAAACACCAUGAACAGACCAAAGAACUGGAAUCGGCUCUUUUAAGCGAGAGCCAACGCAUGAAACGACGACAUCUCGAGAGGCAGCAUGAAGCCGAGACCUCAAAUCAGCUGCAGUACAAUCAGCGGGUUGCUGACGAAUUGGCAAAGCGCCAUGCUUUGCAAUCGAAACAGCAACCCAAGGAGCUCAAGGUUCUCAUUGUGUCAUAA